AUGGAGGGUGAAGAAGACCGCUUUCCUAGAGUAAGGCAAGUUCUUCUCUUUGUUUUGUUGGUUCACACUUGCGCGGCGCGGAAAGAUUAUUUUAUUGCAGAAGAAACAGAGAGUGGUUCUUUUGUGGCCAAUCUAGCAAAGGAUAUAGGGCUAGGGGCAAGAGAGCUCUUUCAACGGAGGGCUCAGAUAAUUUUUAACAAUGACAAAAAGCAUUUUCAGCUGAACCUUCAGACUGGAGAUUUAGAAGUAAAUGAGAAACUGGAUCGGGAAGAACUGUGUGGACCCACUGAACCUUGUGUACUGCAAUUUCAAGUGUUACUGGAAGAACCUUUGGAGAUAUAUAGGUAUAAGCUUUUUGUCACUGAUAUAAAUGACAAUUCCCCUGUGUUCCCAGAGGCAGAAAUGGAUUUGAAAAUCAUGGAAAAUACUCUUCCAGGAACUGUGUUUCAUCUGAAAAAUGCACAAGAUUUGGAUGUAGGUGUCAAUAAUGUUCAAAACUACACCAUUUAUCCCAACUCCCAUUUCCACGUUCUCACUCGUAAUAGCGGUGAAGGCAGAAAAUACCCGGAACUGGUUCUGGACAAAGCCCUAGAUCGAGAACAGCAGCCUGAGUUUAGAUUAACUCUUAUGGCAAUAGAUGGUGGGGCUCCUCCCAAAACUGGGACUGCCCUCGUCCUCAUUGAUGUCUUGGACAUCAAUGACAAUGCCCCUGAGUUUGUGCAGCCACUCUAUCAUGUGCAGAUCCUGGAAAACAGCCCCCUGGGAUCUCUGAUGGUCACUGUUUCAGCUAGAGAUUUAGACACAGGAAUAAACGGUGAAAUAGUCUAUUCAUUUUUUUAUGGCGAUGAAGAGAUUACUAGGACAUUUGCACUUAAUGAACUCACAGGAGAAAUUAAAAUAAUUAGGAAAUUAGACUUUGAAAAAAUUAAGUCAUAUGAGCUGGAUAUUAAGGCUUCUGAUGGGGCAGGUCUUUCCGGGAAAUGCACUGUCAUAAUAGAGGUGGUAGAUGUAAAUGACAACACCCCAGAAAUAACGGUGGCUUCCCUUGUAAGUUCCAUCCCAGAAAAUUCCCCUGAGACCAUGAUAGCUUUUUUCAGUAUUCAAGACCGAGACUCUGGGGAAAAUGGGAGGAUGGUUUGUUCCAUCCAGGAAGAUGUUCCCUUCACUCUGAAACAUUCCGUUGAGAAUUUCUACAAGCUAGUAACAGAAGGAGUGCUAGACAGAGAGACAAGAGCCCAGUACAACAUCACCAUC